AAGGCAUUGUUGGAAUAAGUGGACUUUGAGAAAACGAGGACGAGGAUAAUUCGGUUCCAAGUUUUUACGGGCAGGGCGCCAUGGUGAAGGAGAGCCUGCGGGGCUGGGUCCCAGACCCUGGAGACCCGCUGGUCCACAUCAACGUGGGAGGGCUCAAGAGCAGCCUGUUCUCCAGCACGCUGCGCAAGUUCCCCGACACACGGCUGGGCCGCCUGCUAGCCUGUGAGUCCGAGGAGGCUAUCCUGCAGGUCUGCGACGACUACGACGAGCAGCUGAGGGAGUUCUACUUUGACCGCAACCCAAGCCUCUUUGCGUACGUCCUGCAUUUUUACCAGACGGGCAAGCUCCACAUCAUGGAGGAGCUGUGUGUUUUCUCCUUCUGCCAAGAGAUUGAGUACUGGGGCAUCAACGAGUUCUUCCUGGACAGCUGCUGCAGCUACCGAUACCAUGACCGAAAGCUUGAGACCCGACACAAGAACUGGGAUGAAGACAGCGACGAGAGCAGUGUGGACACAGACGUGGACGAAAUCUCCGACCUCAACAAGGACAUCUUGCUCUUCCAGGACAUGAAGUGUGGCAAUGUCCGUCGGUGCUUGUGGCUGACCCUGGAGAACCCUGGCUACUCCAUCCCCAGCAAGCUCUUCAGUCUACUGUCCAUCACUGUGGUUCUGACCUCCAUUGCGACCAUGUGCAUUCACAGCAUCCCGGAGUACCAGGUCUAUGACCAGAAUGGCAAGCAGAUCGAGGACCCCACUCUGCAGGCCCUCGAGAUAUUCUGUGUCUGCUGGUUCAACUUUGAGGUGGUGACUCGCAUGCUUCUAGCUCCAAACCGACGGAAGUUUUUCAUUAUGCCUCUCAACAUGAUCGACAUCAUCUCUGUGGUGCCCAUCUAUGUCACCCUACUCUUUGACUUGGUAGUUGGCAGUGAAUCCGAGCUAGAAAACUUGGGAAAAGUGGUGCAGGUGUUCCGACUCAUGAGGAUAUUCCGAGUCCUGAAGCUGGCCAGACACUCCACGGGCCUACGGUCACUAGGGGCCACGCUAAGGCACAGCUACAGGGAGGUGGGCAUCCUGCUGCUCUACCUGGGUGUGGGCGUGUCUGUGUUCUCAGGCAUCGUGUACACAGCGGAGUACGAGGAGGACGUCGGACUGGACACCAUCCCCGCGUGCUGGUGGUGGGGGACCGUUAGCAUGACCACGGUAGGUUUCGGGGACGUGGUGCCCGUCACGGUGGCGGGCAAGCUUGCGGCGUCCGGUUGCAUCCUCGGCGGGACUCUGGUGGUGGCCCUGCCCAUCACCAUCAUCUUCAACAAGUUCUCCCACUUCUACCGCAAACAGAAGGCCCUGGAGGCGUCCGUGCGUAACAGCAACAAGAAGCGGCUGAAGAUGGACGUGGAUGCUGGCUCUGAUGGGGACAGUCACUAUCUGGGGGAUGAGGAUGUGGACGAUGAGGACGAUGACACGGACAGCGAGGGUGGUGUGGUAAACUAUAGUUACGUUGAACACCUACCUCCUGUAGACAGAAGGAGAGAAGUUUACCAGCUCUGAGUUGCAAAUCUCAUCAUCACACAGCAGAUCACUCCUCAAACAUUCAACACUAACACAAAGACACAAAACGUUGGAAAGUAUGGUAUUCAAAUUAGAGUUAAUUUUCAGUAUUGCUCUCCUGACACAUGAUAUACCAUAGAGCUUUAGAAGAGUAUGCUUGCUAUCCCUGACUAAAUAGGCUACAGUAGCUAAACUACAUAUCUUGAAAGAAAAAUGUUGAUCUUGCAAAUGAAGGCUAUGUGAAAUGUGGCAGUACAGCGUGCUUAAAAAUAACAGCAUAGGACCUCUGCUGGCUUCCAUGCCUGCCAUGUCUGAUCAAUGAGGAGAGGCUGCACACUUUACUUUCUGGUGUAGAUGUCUUUAGAAAGGGAUUACUUCUCCUGGGAGCGAUUUACUCCAUUUACUCUCUUCUCACAUUCUGCAAAAACAUCCCACCUUUAACACAGAGUAUUCCGAGUCUAGCAGUCCACAGUGCAGUGGUGUAACGUAGAUACCACCACUAAUAUCUUCAGACUGCACUCCAAGCUCACUUCCCGGAAGAGUUCUCUUGUUUGGGUGCACAUCAUAUGUAAUACAAGCUUCCUUUGUUUAACAAUAAGUCAGUUAGGCCUGCAUCUAAAUGUCUUCCAUCAACCAUGAGUCGGAAGAAAGAUCCUGUGCUAUGUGAAUGCCAAAGCUGUAGCCAAGCUGCACUAAGUGUUAUAACUGAACCAAGGCUGAAUUCUUCUGAAGUAUUUAAAUGCCAUUUAAAAUAGGCCUACAAAGCAAAAUAUCUAAUGUAAUACCUUAUUGUUACGUUUUCACAAGUAAAACGUCAGAUAUUUUGAACAUAUUUGCAUGGUGUGCUGCUAAGACUUGCUGUCUGCAUUUCUGAUCAGGUUUUUCAUGUAGGCUACAUAGAUUUGGCACUUUUGGCAACCUGCUAGUAGUUGACAUUUUAACUUCAUAUCAGUGUUGCUUGUUUUUAACUUUUUAUUUAUUUUUAUUGUGGCUUUAAACACCACCAUAUGUAGGACCUAUAGGUAAUAUCAUCAUUGUCAAACUUCCCCAUCCCCUGAUAUCCAUCUCCCAAAAAACAGAAUGCAUCUCUCUCUAUGUUUGUGCUUAGUCUGAAAUUUUACUGUUUGCCACCAGAAGGUCAAAAAUUGAUAACACCCUCCUAUUUAUACUGAACGUGACCCAACCCUUGGGCGCAUAGUGCUCACAAAAAUAGCCACUGCUGCUGGCCACACCUUUUAACCUUGCAAUAACUCAUUGUGCCUGGCUGCAUUGGCAUUUGGAAUCCUAGGGUUCUUCUUGGGUCUUUUGAUU